AUAUGAACCAUUUAGACUUGAUUUUAUGGUAGAGAAUCAAGUAGCUGUUUCAGUCAAUUCUAAAGGACUCAUGAACUUUGAGCACUACAGAGAAAAGAUAAACUCAAAACCAAACCAUGAAGAAGCACAAGCUCCAGCUCCACCAGGACCUGAAUCUAUUGAUAKUGAAGAAAAGUCUGAAGAUGGACAAAAAAAGGAAGAAGAAAAUAAAGAAGAAAAUAAAGAGGAAGAAGGGAUGUGGGAAGAACAAUUCAAGGACCAUCAUGACUCUAAACCCAGAGGUCCUAGUUCAGUUGGUAUGGAUAUCUCAUUUCCUGGCAUUGAGCAUGUUUAUGGUAUUCCAGAACAUGCUGAYACCUUGGCACUUAAAAACACCAUUGGUGCCGAACCCUAUYGGCUGUACAAUCUUGAUGUGUUUGAGUAUGAAUUAGAUUCUCRUAUGGCUUUGUAUGGGUCUAUACCAGUCAUGGUAGCACACAGWGUCAGUAAAACUGUUGGAGUGUUUUGGAUGAAUGCUGCAGAAACUUGGGUUGACAUCACAACAGCAGAUGCACGCAAGUCCAUGUUAAAUUCCCUGAUGUCAUUUUUCAAGGCUGAAGAAGAAGUCCCUCAGGUGGAGACUCAUUGGUUUUCAGAGAGUGGAAUUAUUGAUGUGUUUGUUAUGCUUGGCCCAAAGCCACAUGAUSUGUUCAAACAAUAUGCCACUUUAACUGGUACAACGUCUCUUCCUCCUCUGUUUGGCAUUAGCUAUCAUCAGUGCAGAUGGAACUAUAAUGAUGAAGAAGAUGUCAAAAAUGUUGAUGCUGGUUUUGAUGACCAUGACAUUCCCUAUGACGUCUUGUGGCUGGAUAUUGAACAUACAGAUGGCAAAAAAUAUAUGACAUGGGAUAGUGUGAAGUUUCCUACACCAGAUAUCAUGCAGAACAACUUGGCAGYCAAAGGAAGAAAGAUGGUGACCAUAGUGGACCCUCACAUCAAACGUGAAAGUGGUUAUCACAUACAUGAGGAAGCAUCUCGUCUUGGUCUUUACAUCAAGAAUAAAGAUGGUGGACAGUAUGAGAACUGGUGUUGGCCUGGUCAGUCGUCAUGGAUUGACUUCACUAAUCCUGAGUACAGAGACUGGUGGUCUGAUCAGUUUGCUCUUGACAAGUACAAGGGAUCCACCAACUCACUGUUUAUAUGGAAUGACAUGAAUGAGCCAUCAGUGUUCCAUGGUCCAGAGAUAACCAUGCAUAAAGAUGCCAUCCACUUUGACAACUGGGAACAUCGUGAUGUGGACAUCGUGAUGUGGGACCAUCUGAAGGCAUCUUUACCUAUGGUGCUCAGCAUAAGUAUUGCAGGACUUCCAUUUGCUGGUGGUAAGCCAUUAGAGCUGCUACUGUUCCUUAUUAUCAAUGAAUUUUUGUCAAAUAAUCACAUAUCCUUAAAGAUGAAAUCUACUUAUUCUCAUCUANUUCCAUAUUGGUAUACACUCUUCUUUCAUGCCUAUAAUGAAGGCACUCCCAUUGUAAGACCAUUAUGGGUUGAAUAUCCUGCUGACAAAUCAACGUUCAACAUGGAAGAUGAGUUUCUUGUUGGUGCCGACCUGUUGGUCAAACCAGUAACGAGUGCAGGUCAAGUGUCACAGGAAUUAUACUUACCAGGCAAUGAAGAGUACUGGUAUCACUUGGACACUAACAAGAUCUAUCGUGGUGCCAAUAAUGUUCAAGUAGAAGCACAAUUAGAUAAGAUUCCUGUCUUCCAAAGAGGUGGUUCAAUCAUUCCUCGUAAAAACCGUGUACGUCGCUGCUCCAGUCUGACACGUGAUGAUCCUUAUACACUGACUAUGGCGCUAGAUACCAAGGGCGAAGCUGAAGGAGAUCUCUACAUUGACGAUGGGCACACAUUUGCAUACAAGAAUGGUGCAUUUGCUUACAUGAAGUUCUCUUUCAAACGUGGCAAACUCACUGCUCAGAAUGUAAAGCCUAAUACAUCAUUCGAUACYAAAGCAUGGAUUGAGCGUAUUGUUGUACUUGGCAUCAGCAACUCACCGAAAUCCAUAGUUUUACAAGCAGGUGGACAAAACAAGGAGUUGCAAUUUACCCAUGAUUCCAAGAACUUUAUCUUGACUGUAAAGAAGCCUGCAGUCAAUGCGGUCAGUGAGUGGACCAUGGCAAUGUAUACGUCAUCUGAUAAUGAUAAUGCUCACAAACAUGUUGUUUACGACAAUGCAUGUAACCUUCACAAGUACGCAUUGAACAGAGACCCCAACUUUUUUAAAGAUUGCUGGUUCUUGGUAGAUCGCUUUCACUGGAAGAAUCACAAAGGUGGACAAAACAAGGAGUUGCAAUUUACCCAUGAUUCCAAGAACUUUAUCUUGACUGUAAAGAAGCCUGCAGUCAAUGCGGUCAGUGAGUGGACCAUGGCAAUGUAUGCUUAGACAACCGAACUGCUGACUGCUGCAYGUAAUAUAGUGAGAUAGCUAGGGYCAACAWCGUUACGAAGUGGAAGAAAACACUAAUUUUGGCAGAGAUGUUUUUUGGUGUAAAARUUAUUUCAGAAGAGUAGCCACGACAUCUGAGGUCAGGGGGGUCCAGUACCAGAGAGGGAGGGGUCAAAUCAGCCUAAUAUAUAAAUAAAAGCUAUUUAUGGACCAAAAGACCCAAACCUUGWCCAAUCCAUUUUUUGCGCYAAAACAAUUAAAAGUAACAAAUUUGGUGCUUUCUUCCAUUCCCUAACGAUUUGCCCAAAUGCCGUGACUGAAGCCACCCGGACAAAAAUGGAACCUCACUGAAACCUCUCUGUUAUGGACAAAGUAAAGGCACCUCUAUAUCACAACAGACCUWAUCUUGUAUUAUUAACACUUUGUAUCGUAUUCUUCGUUUUCACUUUACGUCAAAGCGGCCAUCUUGGAAAAACUUCAACAAAGGAUUUUUCAUURGUAUCUAUUGUUUAUUCCUCCAACAUGGCCACCGGUCUUUUAUCUUUUGAAUCUCAUGGGAAUGGUUGAAAACAAUCAAUACAAUUUGGUAGGCGACUUUUUAGAUAGCUUUUUUUAUAGCGAUGUCUAUGUAAUGUCUGUAAUACUACUUUCUGGGUAAUGUUGAUGGUUUUGACCACUACAGUAGAGGUUUUGAGCAGUUAGUCCAUGAAAUCAACUUUGAUAAUAAAUAAACUUUAUUAAACUGAA